AUCGUGAGCUUGUAACGUUGACCUGCCCUAAUGAGACGCCUGGAAUACAGGUUAGACAUAGGCUAUUUACUGACUUCAAGGUGGGUUGAUCUGCUUCCAAUUAUUAGAGGAAUUCCGUGACAUAAAUGCAAUGUGACUUAAUUAAUAUCAACAUGGCGCGGUGCUGGCAAAAUGAUGGUGUACUGUACAUGGUAGUCAUCGUGAUGGACACGUGUUCUCUACCAUUUCAUUAAGUUCGGAAACCUCUCAGUUAAAACGAGGAUUGCAAGUAUUCUACUCGCCAGUUUUCUCACUCAAAGUACUCUAAGGGUGAACGAUUUGUAACGGAUCAAUAUCUGCGCUUUAAUAAGCGAAUGUACAAGGUAUCAGUGCAUCUUUAAGUUUAUGUUUGACGGGAAUUUCCCGUGGGUCAUCGUAAGAUUGAAAGGAAAAUAUCAAAUCUACAUGUGCGGAUCAUGCGAAACAAAGGUUGCGAUUUCUGUAAAGAGCAAUUGUUAGACAGUUAAAAUUUUAGUUUUGGGUAAUGCACGAUUCUGCAACAAGAAUCGCGGUUUGAUGGAGUUUCCAGGCAGUUUAACAUCUACGUUUCCCAAUGACACAAAUUUCACGAACGGAACUCUUCGUAAGACCUUGUCUACUGUUACAGCUUCCCUCUCCCUCAUGGGAUCCUUCACAAUCUUUAUCACGUUCUGGAUGUUGCCCGACUUGCGAACUACAGCUCGCAGAAUGAUCAUGUUUAUAACAAAUGAAUAAAGGGGUAAGUUUCUAAAGAAACUGUGGUGCUGCGUCGGUGGGAGAGUAUAGCAGGUAAUUUAGUGUUAACAACUGGGUUGAAAACGUAAAUUAGCCACCGUAAAGAGUAAAAAAGCUGACGUUUCGAGCGUUAGCCCUUCGUCAGAGCCCUUCGUCAGUCGCCGAUUUCCUAUUUGCUGGCACAACCAUCAUAGAUUAUUUGGAAGACACAUCGGGAUCAACAGGUUAUUUCGUUCCAACACUUGAGAUGACACUACCACGAAUUAUGGCGCUUGUUUCAUCGCUUAUUUGGACAGUUCAUUUGUCCUUCUUUUUUUACUUAACAAUUUAUAGAAGAAUUUCCAUGAAAUCAGAAAGAUUGUUUUUAAUGUUUUUCACGUAACGGCUUGGGGAGUACCUUUUGUGAUCACUGCGGUUGCUUAUUUCUUCAAUAGUUAAGUUAACUAUUGGCAGACCUUGAAACUGGGUACAAGUGCUAGAUCCGGAAUGAAAAAACUUGGCAGACAAUGUGCAUCUGGACAACUAUUACAGGAGAAGGCUGGGCCAUCAUGACAUGCAUCACCAUGACUGUGUUCUACCUACUGGUCAAGCAGCACAUAAGAAGAGAGCUAUUAAAAAAAACUUCAAUAAGGUCAAAAAAAUUUGAUUGAAAUGGUGCUCAGAGAAAUAGGUUAAUUUUGCACUUAAGCUGGGUGGCCCAUCCAAGUGGAGCCAAUCCUGGUUUCUGUUGCAUGAAGCCAGAAGGGUGCCAAUCCAUCUCAGGGUUAUCCUAAUAAGCUUUUGUCAGGCUUUUACAAUAGUUUGCCAAUAAUCAUUUCUUUAUGUCCCCAAGAGGAGACAAGCAUGGGGAGAGUUCAAUAUGCAUAGUAUCUAAUUUCUUCUUACAUUAUAACCCUUAUAUCAAAAUCAAAUCAAAUUAAAAAAACAAAUUCUCUCAGCCAUUAGCUCAAAAAAAAUGUUUAGAGAACAGUAUGGAGUAUAUGCAUACUGAUGUUAGAGUGUAAAGCAGUAAGAUAAGUUUAAUGCCAAAAAAAUAUAACAUAAUAACCCAGUCAGCACUCCAAUUGGGACUUCUUUGUCAAGUCUUCAGAGCAUUACCCAGUAGCUGGGCUAAAUUUCAUUCCACUGAGGAUAUGAAUGAGAUGAGAUUCCUAUCACUUUAUUGGUAUACACAUCAGUCAAUGUAGUGGGUAAAUUUACACCUUUAACCCUUUAACUCCUAAGAUCUGAUUGUUAAUUCUCCCCUCUAGCUGCUACACAUUUCCUUGUUAAUAAGUUGGGAGAAUUUGGUUUUAGAUCAAGAUAACAACUACCUGAUACAUUUGAGUAUUCACAUCACCUGUUUGUUGAAUAGUGCAUGGAUAUUGUAGGGAGAAAUUACUUAUUAAUCACUUCUGGGAGUUAAAGGGUUUACUUAAUACUGGUAACUAGUAACUUGGUUCUCUUUCUCAGACUCUGCCUACACUCUUUCACUUAGCACCUGUAGUUCCCUUUUUCUCUUUGCUCACCUCAUGAUCAGUCUAGCUGGCAGAGCUACAUUGUAAUGAACAAUUUCUUUUCUCUUUUUUUAGCUGAAGUCAAGAUUUUCUCCAGGAAGCACAUUUUUAACAUGGAAAUCUGCUCAUGUUGCAAGAAUGAUGGACUCCAAAUUAACAUUUAUUCCCAUGAUAUUUAUCCUGGAGUGUAUUUGGGGAACCAUAUGAUUUUUCCUCCUUGUAACACAUUUUCACAAUCAUGGAAAGGAAAAUUUUACUUUACAGUGGCUUGAAAUUCUUCAUGUAAAUAACACUGCCCUAUACUAUCACUGAAACACUGAUUGAUGGACCGGUAAUAUUCUUGUAUUAUUCGAUGCAUCAGUAAGAUUUAAUUGCUUAAUUAUAAACAUAUAGUAUUCUUUAUGCUCUGAAGAGUUUGCAGACCCUGAUUGUUUGAAGAUUGGAUGACACUAUCCACUGGGUAAAUCUCUGUCUGUUGGACAGUGCAGUGCCUUUUGCAAUCACUUAUCUGCUAUGUGAGAAACCUGCUUGUUGAUUUGAAAACCCAGUGGUUGUCUAUAAAAGCCAAUUCCACAUAUCUCAAAUAUGUGCUUUUGUAUUUACCCAAAUUUGUGGUGUGUAGCCACUAUAGUUUUUUUUCAGUUUGGUGGGGAAAGGAGAGGGGGGCUGCUUCUUAACCCUUAGUCCCCAAUGAGGUACUUGCAUCUAAUUUCUCUUCACAAUAUCCCCCCUGAAUCACACAUUUAGGACACAAGAAUAGUUGGAAAUGAUCACCAACUAAACAAACUCUUGAUUGUUGAACAAAUUCUUCCUGUCAGUACCUUAGGAAAUGUAUAGAAAAUAGUACAGAGAAUAUGCACAGUGAUGUUAGAGUAGAAAGGGUUAAUGUAUAAACCAAGUUCUAACUUUUACUUUGUAUGUUUUUCUUCUAUGGCAUUGGGAUUAACAGCCAAGGAUUUACAAAUUUCAUCUUGUUUGUCUGGUGUACCACAAAGAUAAGAGAAAAGUUAAAAAUGGGGUGUGUUCAUUGCCUGUCACUUUUUUGCAGAUGUCAUAAAAGAGAUCAAUCAGUAAUUAGCAGAGAGAGGUUUUAUAAAACAUUUAAUGAUGAAUAGAUACUGUCAGCGCUCAUGCUCUGUAGUUGCCUGAAUUACAUUAUAUACUUGUCAUUUAGUUAUAUGUCUGAGUUCUUUUCCAAGAACUAACAGUUAUGAGAAAUGUGUAGUUACUGGAAUUUUUCACAGUUGUUUGGUCAGAAGAAAGAUUCUUUUUUCCUCUUAAUUGGAGUAUGUUGUUAUUAUUUAUUCUUGUGUAUGUUUUUCCCAUAUUAAAAUGAAAAACUUUAAUUUAUUGCUUUAAAGCAUUGCCAUACCUCAGGGAACAGUUAUACUUAUGAAUUAUAUCAAUUAAAGCUGUGAAUAAAGUUCAAUACCAGUGGGGAA